AUGCGAACUAUUUCAUUGACAGACCAGCCUCAUCCAGACAUUUUGACUGAGCGAUCAACAUCACCCCACCAUAGAAGAGCCACUUCCGAGUUUGCGCGGACCCCCGAGGAUGAUCAUUCCCCUGCGGUAUGGGGAUUGGGAUGGCGGAGUCCGACCCUGAUGGUCGGUCUCUUUUUAUGUGGCCUGGCAUUAUCGGUAGGCCAUCAUAUAUACUACAAGAGCUACGACAAUACGCUGGUUGAAUCGGCUACGCAACAAACCUGGACAAUUCGGAUCGGAACUGGGUUUGCAUUCCUGGUCAAAACACUACUUGCAGCUGCCAUCGGAAUUGCGGCGGUGCAACAGAUGUGGGCUACACUCCGCAAGAAAAGUGUGAAUAUUCGCGGCAUCGAUGCCAUUUUCAGUGUUUUGAGCGAUCCACUGGCUUUUUUAGUCCCUGAUAUGUGGAUAUGUGCGAAAACACUGACUCUGUUGGCAAUUGUCUCCUGGUUGAUUCCAUUAACUGCACUCAUUACGCCGGCUACUCUAUCGGUACAAUUGAAGACAACGUCAACCACCACUCAGAUGAAUGUUCCCACUGUGGACUUUACCAGAGAUUUCUGGAACAACUGGGCGUUCUAUGGAGGGGCGGGCAUUAUCUCUGGUCCUUCCUAUCUCAUCAACCGUUCAUUCACGGCAACCUACUCAUCAGCUGCUAUUAUUCCCCUUACGCCACCACUGCCUAACUCAUCCUAUACUCUUCAAUUCUGGGGACCUUCCUAUAAAUGCCAGGAUCUGAGUGAAGUGAUUGCAGACACGAAGGGUAUCACCUAUACUGAUGAAAAUCUUAAUGACUAUGCCUCCUUUCAGGAUGUGUGGAAUAGAUAUGCAAUUAACUCAAGGAACGCAAGUUACAAUCGAACGAUAUACUCAGGCAGUGCGCCUUGGUUGUUGAACAACACGCUUCUGAUCGCUGCAUGGCAGUACUCCGAUGAUUACACGAAAAAGCCAACCGGAACAUCCCUUGUCUGCAAGCUCUGGAACACUUCCUAUGUGCUGGACGUAUCGUUGAACGAUACCAUUCAGACCCUCUUCCCUGUAUCGACCGAUCUGGUAGCCCCUUGUGAUUGGAGUCCAAACGUUGCAAUAUACUCAGCAUUAUCGGUCGAAACAGACAGCCUUGGGGGUUAUUAUAUAACCCAUUUGCUCUUCUCGUCUCUCAUCAAGGGUACUCUGGUAAUAGCUGGCACGGGAGCGCUCAUGGGCAACGCAACCCAACUGAUGCAGUCUGGUCUCUUCGAAUGUCCAGAGCUUUUGAAUAGCGAUCCCUAUCAGGUCAAAUCCAUAGCCAGUCCGACUUGUCGCAACAAGACAUUGGGCCGAGCCCUGGAAGACCUCUCACGGAACUUUACCUACAGCCUGCUCAGCCUGAAUGCAGCCAACACUAGUGUGCCCGUCUUUGUCAACUCACCCAAGAACUUCUACAGUUAUGAUUGGACAAAUCUCUUUGCUGCUUAUGCAACUGCUCUUGUGGCCACUUUUGUGUGCAUUACUAUUGGACUUUUUGCUCUGUGCAGCAAUGGUGUCCCUGGGAAGACGUCUUUUUCCAAUUUCCUGCGAACAACACGGAAUCAGGAAUUGGAUGUCUUAACAACUGGAUAUUGCUUGGGCUCUGACCAUUUACCCGAUGAGCUUGAGAAAGUCAGGUUGCGAUUCGGUGAGAUUGAGACAGCUCAGCCAUUCAAGCACGCGGCAUUUGGAUUUGAAGAAUCAGUUAUUGAUUUAGUGAAGGAUGAAAAGUAUUAUUAG